UUAACGAGACGCGCAAAAAUACUGUCUAGACCGGCGUCACAACAGUGCGAAUAUUAUUGUAUCGACUCGUAUCAUUGUAACAGCUGACUAUUGCCAUCGAGUGGCAAAUAAACGACGUAUCUUUCAACUCACGUCUCGCAAUUGUGUUUCAACCUCUUCACAAAUCCUGAUCCCGAUUGCGCUGUCCGCGCACGCGAAACCGCUUGUGAAGCGGCCCGUUACAACGUAAUAAUUCUAGCGUUCAGUCUUGUAUCAGCCGCUCGUACCAACAGUCCACUUCUCAUAACCGAAAGACAAAAUGUACUCUGCUGAAAGAAGCAGCAAUAGUGACAGACGCAUGAAUUAUUACGUUCCCCGAGACGAAAUUAAGCCAUACAAGAAACCGCUUGAUUCAUGUAGUAAAUCUCAUUAUAGACCACUUAUUUUGGUACGCAGAUUUGCAUUAACGUGCACGGCGUAUAAAUACUUGCAUAUUGGAAUCAGCGUGGGACCUGCGUCCUUUGUGGAAUUACAUCUUGGCGAUAUCCGAGGAAAUCAUUUAACAUUAUCUCAUGAAAUGUGGGAAACGUUCAUCGAAAGACGUGCCGAUAUUGAGCGAUUCUUGCAGUCGAAUACACCUUCGUCGCUAAGAAUUGAAUAUUUAGUAAUGGAACAUGUUAAAAUACACGAUGCAAAUGUCAUAAAACUAACAGUAGACAAUUCUUGCUUGUACAUGAACCAUUAACUAUAUUAUUUUUAUUCGAACUCGAACAUUGUAUUAAUUACGAAUAUUUAAAGCUGUAUGAGAAGACUGAGGACGUAAAUGCGAUCUUUGAUCAAUUUGUUUGGUGUUUGCAAAGUAAUAUGCCUAGUGCUAUGAGAGAA